AUGCUGGAGAAGGAGAAUAUCCGCGUCAAAGCUACACGAGAUGUCCCUUCAUUUGCUGAGGCUGUCCAGCAGAAUGUACGUGUCAUUGAGGUGAAGGCUGCUUUUAAAGCCGAAUUUCUAGUUGGAAAAACAUUCUUGGACAAGGAAGCUGCAAGACUUCAAAUACAGUCUUUUCGUACGACCAAGAAUAUCCCUUUUGAGUUUCUCAAAAGCGACGAAUCUUACAUUAAGUUGAUUUGUAAGCAUUUUCGUAACUAUCGUUCUGCCAGAAAAGGUGAAAAUGCAGAAGAUGCAGGAAAUGAUAAAGGAUCAGAGAGUGGGGUUCAGCGAACUAACAGAACCACUGGACGAACAGGAUGCUCCGCAUUUGCUUAUCUCCGUAAGGAUACGAGAGCUAUCGGUCAGUCAUGGACAAUUCGAUUCAGCCGUUUUGAACACAAUCACCCUUUGUCGCUCAAGGCUGAAGAUCAAGAACUUGCAAUUAGUCUCAUGCGUGCAGGAACAACACCAAGUGGAACGUUAAAGCAAAUCGUUUAA